CUGCCUUUCUUAAAAGGAUGCGGUAGACAUGUAGAAAAAAUUGACAGGAGACACUCAAACCUCCUUAUUAUACCUGAUGAGGUUCUUCGUAACUGCAGAACUCUUGAAGAAUGUAGAUUGGAUGCCAAUCAGAUUAAGGACUUUCCUAAAAACUUUUUUAGAAUGGAAAGAAUUCGUUAUUUAACAUUAAGUGAUAACGAAUUGUCCAGAAUACCCCCUGGGAUUGGAAACUUUUCGAACCUUAUUGAACUUGAUAUAAGCAGAAACGGUAUUCACUUCACAUUUGUGACCUACCAACUAGCAUUCGCUUUUGCUCAAAUUUACAAACGCUUGACGCCAGUAAUAAUCCCUUACGAAGCUUGCCAGAUGGCUUUUGCCAGCUUCAAAAUCUUCGCGUGCUCUGCCUAA